GGGAGGUUCGGGCACAGAGAGACGGGGGACAGGAGGGAGUGUGUACAGGGAAGAGGAGGGGGACGGAGAAGAAGACGGAGGACAAACAUGACAGUGUAACGGGACAACAAUGCCAGGGGCAGAAGAAUUCUCUCUGUGAUGUGGGGAUGGAGAAUCAGGAGCUGAUCAGUGCAGCCGAGAUUAUCAAGGAACGCUUGUAUUUUGCAACCUUGAGGAACAAACCAAAAAGUACCAUCAAUACUCACUAUUUCUGUACUGAUGAAGAGCUUGUUUAUGAAAAUUUCUAUGCAGAUUUUGGGCCCCUGAACCUUGCAUUGCUCUACAGAUACUGCUGUAAACUCAACAAAAAACUCAAGUCGUUUAGCUUGUCAAGAAAGAAGAUUGUUCACUACACAAGCUAUGAUCAGCGGAAAAGAGCCAACGCAGCAUUCCUGAUUGGAGCAUAUGCGGUGAUCUAUUUAAAGAAGACACCAGAAGAGGCAUUCAGAUCUCUGCUUAGUGGGUCCAGCCCUCAGUACCUCCCGUUUAGAGAUGCUUCUUUCGGAAAUUGCACAUAUAACCUUACCAUACUGGACUGUUUGCAGGGAAUCCGCAAGGCACUUCAUCUUGGGUUCUUUAAUUUUGAAAACUUUGAUGUGGAUGAAUAUGAACAUUACGAGAGGGUAGAAAAUGGGGAUUUCAAUUGGAUCGUUCCCGGAAAGUUUUUGGCAUUUAGCGGUCCUCAUCCGAAAAGCAAAAUUGAGAAUGGUUACCCACUGCAUGCCCCAGAAGCAUACUUCCCAUAUUUCCGAAAACAAAAUGUCACCACUAUCAUCAGGCUCAAUAAGAAGAUUUAUGAUGCUAGACGGUUUACAGAUGCUGGAUUCGACCAUUAUGAUCUAUUCUUUGUGGAUGGGAGCACACCUAGUGAUGGCAUAGUGCGGAGGUUCUUGAACUUGUGUGAGAACACCGAUGGGGCUAUUGCCGUUCACUGCAAAGCUGGCCUAGGCAGGACAGGCACUCUUAUUUCAUGUUAUAUCAUGAAGCACUACAGGUUCACACACUCUGAAGCCAUAGCAUGGAUAAGAAUAUGCCGACCUGGCUCUAUCAUCGGGCCUCAGCAGCACUUCCUAGAAGAGAAACAGACCUGGCUGUGGUUGCAGGGAGAUCUCCACAGAAGUAAGCAGAAACAAAUCCAGCUGGAAGAUGGGACGGUGAACCGGAUCUUGUCCGAAUUUGAGGAUUUGUCUGUGGGUACCAGGUUAAGUCGACACCACAGUUUGGACAGGUCAGGAGAGAAUAAUUCUGAGGAUGAGUUGGAUGAAAGAAAUGGCCUGACGCAGGGUGACAAACUACGUGCCUUAAAGAGCAGGAGGCAGCCCCGGUCCGCUACCACUGGUGCACUACGGUUGGAUGAAAUGAAACCACACACAAGAUCAACGUCUCAGCCUUUCAGAGUAAUCGCUUCUAACAGUGCACAGGGCUCCAUGUCGCCGCUCAAGUCCUCUAGAGUUACAGCAUCUUCAUCAGCAGUUGCUAGGAGAGUUGGACAAAGUUCAGGAUCUUCAAGCAGCAAAGCAAAAAGUUUCUCUGUAAAUACGCGGUUUGCUGGCUCGCUUGGGAAUCUCAACUCUGCUUUGGAAGAGCUAGAAGGUCCCCGCAGCUCCUCUCCCUCUCGCCCCAGCUACUCCCCAGCACACCCUUCCAGCUUCUACCCCUCCAGUCCACCUGGCCGAAACCAAGGCGAGUUCAACAACAACCGUAACUGGAAUGUGUCCACUGCUGGCAAUGACUCUUAUGGAUCCUACCGACCCUCAUACACAGGCCUUUCCUCCACGGCACGUUACCUGAGUCGCUCUAUUCCUUCCCUUCAGUCUGAAUCUGUUCAGUUCUAAAGGAUCGCACAGUCCCGUUAGCCCUGUCCCAGAUCUGAAUCCUUUGCCAUGGAAGAACGAAGGAGAGACAAAGGGAAGGAAUCCAUUGUCCAGAU